UUUACAGUCUCAAGAUUAUAAAUAUCAUGUCUUCGUUUUAUUGUCGCAUAAAGUUUGGCGUUUUCAAACAUUAUUGACGUAUACAAUGUACAAAACAUAUCUAACUUUUCAUGCUAGUUACUUGCUAGUUUGAAGAAAAAUGGCAGACGUGAGAAUACCUACUUUUCUAGUGCUCUAGAUACACUUUUACGGGUCCUUUUCCUCUUCCAUUAGUAUAAGUUCUAUGGUUUAGCGUAACUGUGGUAGUCGAAAAUUAAUAUGUUCGUGGUGUAAACGAUAGAUCGUAAAUAACAAUUCCACCGAGCAGUAUGCGCAUCGAUGAAAAGUAAACGUGAUGAAAAAUCUGUGAUCACGCGCAAUGUACCUGUUAUGGCUUACUAUCCACUGUUAAAUUCGAGCAUGCAUUUCGGGCGUGGAGUGUCGUUUAUAUCGGAUUGACGAGUUACCGGAUUAACAGGUGGUGUCGAGAAGUGUUGUCAUUGUCGCAUGCUGACUUCAGUGAUUGCGCUCGCUAUCAUAUCGUCAUGUUCACCACUCUGAAAAACAAAAUACGUGAUGAGAUCGGCAGUGACGUGUCUACCGUCAUUAAGAACGCUGGCAGUAUACGCAGCAUUAAUGCCAGACAUGUGUCUCAAACUGAUUCUACAAGUAGUAUUAGUGGUUCUCAAGUAUCAUUAGAUGAAUCGAAAGAAGAAAAUACAACCUUACCUCUACCAUAUAUUUUACCGAAGAGAGAGAACAGUUUCGAACUUAAGCUCAACGAUGGAAUGCAAUUAACUGUAAAAGAUAUUAAAAAGUUUGAAAGUAGGGAAGAUGAAUGGAGAAGACGUUUGGCAAAGAAGGAAGCGGAGAUAUUGAAGAGGAUGGAGAAGAAAGAGGAAGAAUGGAACGUCAGAUUCUUUGAAAAAGAGAAAGAGUGGAAGAAGGUUGUAGAAAAACAAGAGAAGGAAAAACGACAAUUAGAAGAAGAGAUAAAAAAGAUCGACACAGCAAAACAAUCACUAGAACAUGCUCUCAAAAAUGCAGAAGAGUACAAAAAGAAGUUGUACAGCUUUCAAGAAGAUGCGGAACAACUGGAAGGUUUUCAAACGCAAGAAAUGGCAAAAGUUAAACAUCUUUUGUUAACUAAAGAGCAGGAAGUAGAAGAAAAGACACAACAUCUGAAAAUUGCCAGAGCAGAAAUAGAAAAUUUGAAGACAGAAAUUUCCCGUCUUAGACGAUAUGAAGAUGAAUUAAACAAUAUACAAGACGAGAUGGAAACGAUACGUCACUCCACACAGCGUGAAAGAGCACAACUUUCUUCUCAGUUAGCGCAGACAGAGGAAGAAGUGCGUCACUUAAAGGACAAGGUAUUUGUGUUGGAACAAAGAAUUGCGCUCGAAACGAACGACCAGAUAACGGUUGACGAAAGAAUAGCGGAUCUGAUGCGCGAGAGGACGUUAUUGGAAAGGAAGCUCGAAGAGGCGCAUCUCCAUCUCUCCGACAUAAAGACCAGUUGGUCGGGCAAGAUCUCAAGUCUCGAGACGCAGGUCGGUAGGCUUAGUAGACAGGCCGGCGAGGAAGGGUUGGAGCGCAGGCGGGUCGAACAAGAGAAAGAGAAGCUUAAACAGAGAAUCAAGCAGCUAGAGGCCGAGAUAGAGGUGAACAAUGUUGUCUUAACAGCAAAAGAUGCCAAGCUUUUGCGUAUGACAGAGGAUAUUGAUGAGAUGGCCAUUGAAUUGAAAGAGCUUCGGGCCAGCGUCGAUGAUGAGGUGGAUGAAUUUAAACGGCAAAUUGAAUCCUCUUCGAAGCAGAUUACUCAGCUAAAAUCAGAUCUUGAAAGCACGACAAGUAAGUUUACUGCAGUUACCAACGAACUAGCAAGUCUUCGAAUAUCUCUGAAGAAAGAACAAUUAAAUAAUUCCUCUUUGUGUUCUGAACUGGUGCAUUUACGAGAGACUCUUGAAUCCGAACGAGCAGCAAUGACAGAGCUGCGAGUUUUCUUUGAAAGGGAGAGAGAUGAAAAGGAUACUGCCUUGUUAAGAAAUGCUCAGAUAUCACAAGAUAUAGAAAUUGUGAGGCAGGAAAAUCGACAGCACAAGAUCGAAAACAUGGAAUUGCUGAAUAAAGUGGAGGACCUGGAGGAUGAUCUGGUGGAUAAGGUGAAGGAAACGGAGCAGGUGAUGAUCAUAUUGAAAGAAUUUAAGCAAAAAGUCUCAAAAUUAGAAGAAGCAGAGCAUACAAGAGAAAAAUUGGAAGAAAAUGAAAGAAUAUUGAAAAGCAGUUUAUUAGAUCUAGAGGAGCAAUUAAGCGAAAAGAACAAGACAAUCAAAAUUUUACAGCAACGAUUAACCGACAUGAAGAAAACGCUUCAACGUGAGUUAAAAAUUCCUUCUUCUUCAUUGGAUAACGACAUUGACGCUUCUGCUGCUAUUCUCAAUCCAAGUUCAUCUAAGACUGUUACUGCCAGACAUAAUAAUAACAAGGAGGAUGACGUUAAUUUUAAAUAUCUGAAGCACGUUCUUAUAAAAUUUCUUACUAGCAGAGAAUAUGAGGCUCUCCAUUUAACAAGGGCAGUAGCGACAUUGUUACAUUUUUCACCAGAAGAGGAACGUCUACUCCAGGAAACUUUAGAAUGGAAAAUGUCAUGGUUUGGUACUAGGCCUAAUUUAGGAUUCGGACAAACUGCUAAGGCAAUACCACCCAGCUGAUAAUAGGAAAAUGUUUCGUACUUCACGAAACACAUUAGAACAAACAUAAAUUUUCGUUUUGAGUCUAGUUAAUUUAUGUAUGAGAGAUAGCAGUAACUGAUCCAAAGGAUAUAUAAAAAUUAUAAGAGUAAUGUAAAGAGUUAUAAACGAUAACUUUUUGCAUAAAUAUAACAAAUUAAUUGUAACACGCUCAAAGAUCACAAUGGAAAUUUAUUAUGAUAAAAAUAAUUUUGUGAGAUUUGACGUUUAUUUAAAAGUAUAUAGUUAUUAUACUAGUAUAUUAUUUAUUAUUGAAAAAUAUUGGAUCAUCUUAAAGAUUUAUAAUUAUGCUGAAAUUUGAAGUAUCAUUGAGAAGUGCAAUUUGAAGCGCGUAAACGAAUGUUUCUGGAUGAUAAAAUUGUGAUAUCCAGCGUUUUAUGCAUGUUUGAAUCACGGUACAUGCCAUUUUUAUAUGGAAUCGAUUAAUUUGUAAUAAACCAUAAAUGUUUUUGUUAAGAAUAAAAUAACUUGUGUGUGUAAGAUUGAUCACACAUAUCAUGUAAGCCUGCUCAUUA